CUCCCGUACGUACCAGCCUCCCGGCGGGGUUGCCGUGGAGACAGAGCGUGCUGUGUGGAUGCGGCGAAACGCUGAGGCACGGCCUUUGCUGUCUGGAGGGGACUCACAAGACCGACGUCAAGAUGAUGCUUUCAAGGGCCAAACCUGCUGUAGGCAGAGGCGUACAGCACACUGACAAAAGAAAGAAGAAAGGUAGGAAGAUUCCAAAACUAGAGGAGCUACUUUCAAAAAGAGAUUUCACUGGAGCUAUUACCCUGUUGGAGUUCAAACGUCAUGUUGGGGAAGAAGAAGAGGAUACUAAUUUGUGGAUUGGAUAUUGUGCCUUUCACCUGGGUGACUACAAGAGAGCUCUGGAGGAAUACGAAAAUGCUACAAAAGAGGAAAAUUGUAAUUCUGAAGUCUGGGUGAACCUAGCUUGCACCUACUUCUUUCUUGGGAUGUAUAAACAAGCUGAAGCAGCUGGAUUUAAAGCUUCAAAAAGCCGACUCCAAAACCGCCUCCUCUUCCACUUGGCUCACAAGUUUAAUGAUGAGAAAAAAUUGAUGAGCUUUCAUCAAAAUCUUCAGGAUGUCACAGAAGAUCAACUCAGUUUGGCCUCAAUCCACUAUAUGCGAUCUCACUACCAAGAAGCUAUAGAUAUAUAUAAGCGAAUACUGCUAGAUAACAGGGAAUACCUUGCCCUCAAUGUUUAUGUGGCCCUCUGCUACUACAAGUUGGAUUACUAUGAUGUGUCUCAAGAAGUUUUGGCUGUUUACCUUCAGCAAAUUCCUGAUAGUACCAUCGCACUCAAUCUUAAAGCCUGUAAUCAUUUUCGCCUUUACAAUGGCAGAGCAGCUGAGGCAGAACUCAAAAGCUUGAUGGACAAUGCUUCUUCAUCCUUUGAAUUUGCUAAAGAACUCAUCAGGCACAAUCUGGUUGUUUUCCGAGGAGGUGAAGGGGCUUUGCAGGUUUUACCUCCCCUAGUUGAUGUCAUUCCUGAAGCUAGGCUAAACUUGGUGAUUUACUACCUUCGUCAAGAUGAUGUACAAGAAGCUUAUAACUUAAUUAAGGAUCUGGAACCUACUACCCCUCAGGAGUAUAUUCUCAAAGGAGUGGUCAAUGCAGCCCUUGGCCAGGAAAUGGGUUCAAGGGAUCAUAUGAAAAUUGCCCAGCAGUUCUUCCAGUUGGUGGGAGGAUCAGCUAGUGAAUGUGAUACAAUACCAGGGAGGCAGUGCAUGGCUUCCUGUUUCUUCCUGCUUAAGCAGUUUGAUGAUGUUUUGAUUUACCUCAACUCAUUUAAGAGUUACUUCUAUAAUGAUGACAUCUUUAACUUUAAUUAUGCCCAAGCCAAAGCUGCAACAGGCAAUACCAGUGAGGGCGAAGAGGCGUUCCUCUUGAUCCAAAGUGAGAAGAUGAAAAACGAUUACAUUUACCUCAGCUGGUUAGCUCGGUGCUAUAUUAUGAAUAAGAAACCAAGACUAGCCUGGGAACUUUAUCUUAAGAUGGAAACCUCCGGCGAGUCCUUCAGUCUCUUACAGCUCAUUGCUAAUGACUGCUACAAGAUGGGCCAGUUUUACUAUUCUGCCAAAGCUUUUGAUGUCCUUGAGAGGCUGGAUCCUAACCCUGAAUAUUGGGAAGGCAAACGGGGUGCCUGUGUGGGCAUUUUCCAGAUGAUCGUAGCUGGGAGAGAACCCAAAGAGACCCUUCGAGAAGUGCUCCAUUUACUGAGAAGCACAGGUAACACCCAAGUAGAAUACAUGAUCCGGAUCAUGAAGAAAUGGGCCAAAGAAAACAGAGUGCCCAUCUAAAAUAGCUCCAGCAUCCUAGGAACCAGCUUCUACUUUGACAUAAAACUGGAAAUCAUUUUCACUCCAGUUUAAUCUGUGAUACAGGGCUCUGUUUUAUUGAUAUUUUCCUUCCUUGCUCUUUAAGCCUCAAGGUCAGAGACUGACUUGCUGAGACUUAGUCUCCUGGCUGAACAGAGUGCCAUAGUCUGUGACCCUGUAUGAUCCUAGUAGCAAUAAGACUUUGGACUUAUCUGGUGCCUUUCUUCCAAAAAUGCUCAGAGUACUUUUAUGCAAUUUACUGACUUUAAGGAAAACAGUAUAAUUUUUUUUUUUAGCAUUUUAUGGCAUUGUCUCCUGGCUACAAUAACAAACGUCUUCGAUGUUCAAGAAUCAGCAUCAUUGUAUCAUUUAACUUUAAGGCAUCUCUGUACAUUAUCCCAUUUUAUUGGGGAAUUCCAUAAAGGGUUUUAUAACUUCACCUCUGAAUCUUGGGAGAAUAACUAGCUAUGUGAUUCUAAGAAUGGCAGUAAGCUACUUUAUCAAACUGUCCAGUCAUUAAUAGGAUAGAUUUAUGGGAUUACUCUUUCAGUAAUUAAAUUGUUGAUGAUAAUAACAUGUUACAGUGCAGUAAGAUGAGUAUUGCAAUGUUUUAAAAGGUGAGUACUAUGAAGAAAAUUGUAGUACCUCUAAAGGUAUUCAAGAAACAAUGUUUAUGAAUCUCACUAGUCUAUUAUAUUUUGGUACCAUAAUAUUUUAGGUAACAAAGCAGGUUAGGUUUUUGUUCAUGUAUCUUGCUGAACAAACAUCAGUUUUUGCUGUUGUUGUUGUUGUUUUGAGGCGGAGUCUUGCUCUGUUGCCCAGGCUGGAGUGCAGUGGUGCAAUCUCGGCUCACUGCAAGCUCUGCCUCCUGGGUUCAUGCCAUUCUCCUGCCUCAGCCUCCCGAGUAGCUGGGACUACAGGCGCCCGCCACCACGCCUGGCUAAUUUUUUUGUAUUUUUGGUAGAGACGGGGUUUCACCGUGUUAGCCAGGAUGGUCUCCAUCUCCUGACCUCGUGAUCCGCCCGCCUCAGCCUCCCAAAGUGCUGGGAUUACAGGCAUGAGCCACUGCGCCUGGCCCAAACAUCAGUUUUGAAAGUAGGGCUACAGUGAUUUAUAUGCAUUGUGGGCACUUAUUAAUGUAACGAUAAUAAAACAUGAAUUGUAUAAAGUCCUUUGAGGGAAUCUCCUAAUGGCUAGGCUCUGUGUCGUAAGUCAUAUUCCAGCCCCAUGUUUCUGAGCUCUUAUAACGUAAACCUACUAUACAACUGAGCAUUCUUAAGUUCACAACCUAUUUCCAGAAAACAGACCCACAUCUUUCUAUGUUUUAUACUACCUUUGUUUUUACACCAUAUAGUUUUUUUCUAUUAGUUUAAGGUACCUAGUGUUACAGGUCUAGAAAGUGCAGAGCCAUCCCUACCUAGAAGAGAAUAGAUGGGAAGAGAACUGAACAAAAGAAUUCCUCAAGCACUGAAGUCAGGAAGAUACCCGCAGGCACUGUAUUAGUUGUUCCACUUAUCCCAGCACUCCACUUGUGGAUGAAGGACUUGUAUAGAAAGGAGAUGAGAAAAUGGCAGGAGUGGAAGCAGCCAAGAAGAGAUCAAUGACUGAAGAUUGCCUUCACCUUCAGGACUGUCGCAAGGGGUUAUUUCACCUCUACUCAUGAAGAUGGCCAGUUUUUCUCUUUUAUCUUAGACCCAUGUAUAAUCAGUUCAGAGCACAAAUCAAAAUAAACUGGCCUAAAUAACUGAA